AUGGCCGCCGCUCUGCCCAACGUUUCCGCCGACCUCAUCUGGGAGGUCGUUCGCAACCAGAACGCCUUCCUGGUCAACCGCAACGACGCUGGCGGUCUCCAGCUGUCCCGCGACCCCCUUAACCUGGUCAACAAGCACUCCCGCAAGUACGCUGGUUUCGUCAACGACAAGGCUAUCGGUGUUGUCCCCGCCGAGAAGGGCGGUGUCAAGGUCAUCUCCAAGAACCAGAAGAACGGCAACAAGCCCGCUCAGGGCACCACCGAGGUCACCUACGGCCCCAACAAGUCGACGCGCAAGACCUACAAGGCCGUCGCUCUCCAGUCCGCCAACGGCGGCUACCGUGCCGACCUCCGUGAGGCCGCUGUUCAGCGCGCCUCUGCCCUCCGCCGCGCCCAGAAGCCCGUCAAGCCCGAGGCUGAGAAGAAGCCCCGUGGCGUCAAGGCCAAGAAGGCCGCCGAGAAGACUGAGGCAUAA